GGCGGCUCCGGGAAAAGAAAAGACGCAACUUUUUUUUAUCUUUUCGCUUUUUCUUAUGUAAAUCAUGAGUAAUGAGAGGAAUGACUACAAGACAACUAUCUAAGGGACCUCUCAGCUUGGUAGGAUAAAUUUCUGCACGAGGCAUCGCCGUUUAGCCCACAAAAGAGUCAUAGACAGUUGGAGGUAAUUUUGUCUGCCCCCCUCCCACCAACAAGUACACGUGUCAAAACAUAAACAGAGUCAGCUGUGGCGGGAUUUGGACUUGGGUGGACUGGAGGACUCUUGGCAACCAUGGGCUGUUACUGCAGCAAGGGCCUGGUCACGAUCAACAACAGGGCCUUCUACAUGCAGGAAAGGAUCGGAGAAGGGGGUUAUGCUUACAUAGAUUUGAUAGAAGACAAGAAAUCAGGGAAGUUCUUUGCACUGAAGAGGAUCACAUGUCAUUCCAAGGAGGAUGAGACUGAGGCGCUGAAAGAAGCAGAAUAUUGCAGAAUGUUCAACCACCCCAAUAUAAUCAAGGUCGAGGAGUUUACAACUGUCAAGAAAACCCAGACCACAUCCGUCUGGAUAGUUUUUCCAUUCUUUAAGCUGGGGUCUUUACAAGACCUAAUUGAGAAGACAGCGAAGAACAACAGCUACAUCCAUGAAGACAGGCUGCUGGGGAUCUUCAAGGGCAUCUGUGAAGGGGUCAAGGCCAUGCACGAGGCCACGCCCUCACCUGUCACUCAUAGAGACAUAAAACCAGCCAAUGUCCUGUUAGACGAGAACGACACCCCUGUUCUGAUGGACUUUGGUUCUGUGGGGCCAGCCAGGGUGGAGAUUAAAGGGUCUGCAGAAGCUCAAGCAAUGCAGGAUCUAGCAGCAGCCAAGUGCACCAUGCCCUGGAGAGCACCAGAACUGUUUCAUGUGGAAAGUCACUGUAUCAUAGAUGAUAAGGUGGACAUUUGGUCUCUAGGCUGUACCCUGUAUGCUAUGAUAUACCUGGAGGGUCCAUUUGAUGCCGUGUGGCAGAAGGGAGACAGUGUGCAAUUAGCAGUUCUCAGCAGAAAUGUCAAGUUUCCUGAGGACCAACAAUCAUUAUACUCUGCAGAGUUGUUAGACCUGAUUAAUGCCCUGCUGGUGGUUAACCCGGCUGAGAGACCAAACAUCAACUGGGUGAUACAGAGGGUGGAGGAUCUGUGCUUGAACGCCCUGGCUGCUAACAGGGUCUAGUAUACUGUCACUUAAGAUCCAGUCUUUCUUAACAAAAUACAGUAGUGCAACACCAGUUCAAUGAAAUGCCAUUUGGUCUCUCUGGAGCUCCAUCAACCUUUCAACGUCUGAUGCAGGUGACCAAAGUCUAAAUAUUUUGCUGAUUUAUCUAGAUGAACAAGAACAAGAACUUUAAGAUGACAUAGUCGUCUUUCCAAAAAUGUCAAUGAACAUCUGGCUAGGUUGGAUGUGGUCUCCUGCAGCUGGGACAGUAUGGCAUAAAGCUCUAACAAUUAUCACUUAUUCCACACAUCAGUCAAGUAUCCAUGUCACAUAGUGUGCCAUUUUAUUGUUCUUUUUUACAUCUAAUGCCAGGAUAUUGUCUGGUUAGGAUGAAGUAUUGUAUAUUAUAUAGGAGCAGAGGCAAACCUACCCAGGCUGAUAUUCAGGUUACUUUUCUUUAUCUUCUUUGCUACUACUACUUCAACCUGAAAAAUGAAACAAGAAAAGAAAAAAUAACAAUUAUUGUUCAUUGCAAAGCAAGGGUACUUAAAGGUCUAAGUUUUAAGUCAUUCUUUAAGCAUUUUUUAGCAGGCUUCUCCUUUUAUUGUGCUUUGCAUUCCAUUUUACCCAGCUUAUAGCAGGGUUGACUUUUCAGCAACUUCUCCUGUACCAUGUGUUGCAGAUACGAUGUUAAUUAUUUGAAUAUGUGAAAAAAAAUCAUUUCCUGGCUUUUAAAAAGGCAACUUUGUAGAUUUUUAGUCUUGAAAGUUGAUAUGCUUACUGUAUAUUGUGGGGAAAUCUUACUACCUAUUUUACAAGCUAUUGAAUGCUCUGCAUUUUCCUAACUAACAAAACUUUUGUCACAAAUAUUUGUUAUAACAAGGACCAUAUAUUAGAGUACACUGUACAUGAGUGCAAAAGUUUUCAAAUUGGAUCAUUUUAGGUAUUACUAAUAGUCCGAAAAAUUGAAGGACAAUCACCAAAAGUGUAUGAUGUUAUAUGAUGGGUGCAAUAAGGAAGCGGUUUGUUACAUGGGAUUGUAAAAUGGUGAAAGUUUCAUAACUCUUAGGUAGAAGUUGUAUGCCAUAGUCAAUGGAGCAAAGUGGGAAUUUUUGCAGUUAUUAUGGUAAGCCAUGUGGUGUGUUUUAACACAAAUUCAAUAAUGAGUCACAUGUUGAAGGCAAUGGCAAUUUUAUUGAGAUAACAUUUUACAAAAUUUCCUGGGAAACCAGAAAAUUUAUCUCAUGGGAAGAUAUGCUGCAAUAAAGGACUACAUCAGUGCAGAUGGUAUGGUAUCUAAUAAGGUACAAGAAACGCAAUGUUCAUCAUGAUUGCUCCUUUCAAUCUACAUGUAUAUAAGAGAAUAUAUCACUUAGUUUUGAAUGCAUGUAAGAAAUGUUAUGAUGAAGUAGCAUUUUGUCAGGUUAUAUACAAUGUACAUGACAAUUCUGGGCUUCUGGCAUUAUCAAGUUUUAAGGUACAUGUAUACAAUAUUGUCUUAUUUAUAACAAGUUAUUUUAUGAUCACAUGGCAAUAUUUGCGAAACAAAUAUUAGCUUCAAUGCAAUAGGUUUUUAUUAUUGUGAUUCAUUAUAUAGAAAGCAAUUAAUAUGCAAACGUUUUCCGUUUGUUGCCAACAAAAUAGUUUUGCUUGGUCAGGCUCUUCCCUCUAUUUUUCAUCAGCUACUGCUCUACAUAUUUGUAGUGUUACUAUUCAGCAUAAGGAGCCAGGAAUAGGGAUGAAACAGACAAUAAAUUGAAGGGAUGGUGUCAGUUGGUGGAGGAAUGCAGUAAAACAGGAAAUAUUCACAGGGAUUUUAUUUUGUAGUAGCGAGAAAAUGUGGUUUUCUUAAUGGUUUUAAAAUUGCUGUUGAAACUGCAAUGCACUGUUUUAUUGUCAAAGGGUUUUGAGUUUGCGGUGAAGACUUCACCUUGAAAAUGUGAACACAAAACCACGACAAAUAUUUCUCCUUUUACAGUAAUUCUUACAUGUAAUCUUGAAACAGAUAUACAAUAUCCUCUUUCAAAGUAAGUUCAAACCAUACAUCUACUUAGAGAUACAUCUGCAGUAUCUCAAUAUGAUUAUGUAGAUAUUCAAGUGUAUGUGAGCUGUAUUUCUGCAACUUUUGCAUACUUAUUAGUUUUAUGAAAUAUAGAUGGUCAUAAACAUCAAAA